UAAUCUGUUCUUCUGGUGAUUUAUAACUGAACACAAACUCAAAAUAUAUAUUUUCCCGGAAAUAGUGUUCUCGAUUCCCCAAACAACUAAACACCAAUUUAAGGGGUCGUUUGGUAGAAGGGAUAAAAAUAAUUUAUCCCGAUAUUAAUUUAAAAGAGAAGCUUAUCCCAGAUUUGGUUAGAACAAAAUGCAUGGGAUAACUCAUCUCGAGAUUUGUCCUCCCGGAAUUGUAUUGUUUUUCUUAUUCUCCUUGAGAGUGGGAUAUCGUAAGCUAUUUCGAAAUUAAUAAUUCGAGAAUAACUCUUUUACCAAUUAAUCGACCCCAAAGUGUAUGAAUGGACAGGAAAAAAAAACAUGUUUCUAAAUGGAUUAAUUAUUAAUUUUUGUCUUUAGGCAUCAAUCUUCGGGAUUUAUGUUUGUUUAUACAAUUUAUAUCUCAGCAACCAAGAAAGCUACUUGUCUUGACGUCGGAAAUGAGAAAGACCGACAGAAAAUGGGCCAAAAGGGUAAAUGACACGAAGAAAUAGUGGGCCGUCCAAUUUGAUAACAAGCGGAGCCCCAAAUAGAGCCUUACAUAUCAUAUGAUGGCAGUCAUUGAAAAUUGAAACAAACAUCAAGAAUCUGAUACCCAUUAGUAUCUGCUUCCAUUUAGAAAAGUAGAUAGAAAACAACCCGGAAAGAGAAAAGGGGGAAGAAAUGGCACAAGCGAGUAAAGAGCCGUGUAAGAAACAGGCCUGCGAUAUUCAGGCUUGUCUUUCCAAGAACAAUUUCCUUCCUCAAAGGUGUGUAAAAGUGAUCGAAGCAUUGAAAUAUUGUUGUGAGCAAUGUGAAUACAAGUCAACACACUGUGCUUCUCUAUCUGGGUUGCUAAAGCAAAUACAGAAAAAAUAAAGUUUGAAGCCUACACUUGGCUUCAGACCUCAGAUAAUACAGUAUCUUGGUUGUUCUCCGUAGCAGAGGAGCCAAAGUGAGUUGCUUCUCAGAAUAUCCCAGAACCAAACAUCUUGUUACUUUUUGGACCUUCUUAAUGCAGUCAAGAAAGCUGGAUCACUGCCUAAGUGAUUAUUUUAGAGUUUAGUUUCGUUCGUGGAUGUGCAAGUCUCUUAAAAAAUCCGAUUGUAGAAGUUGAGAAUGACAUCUAUGGAUGUAUUUCAGUUGUAUGUCAUGGGUAACAUAGCUGCAAUUGAACUUCAUAAACCAGCCGCAUACUUUUACUUCAUUAGCAAAUAAAUAGUGGUGAUGACUAUAGCUUGUAUGAGAUAAACAGGGCAAGAUUUUUCAUUUGGGCAUCAUAUACUAUUUCAGAAUUUGUAAUACUGGAUUUCAUUUUUAGAAAUAUGGAAUUGGGAAAUAUUAUUUUUCAUGCA